UUCUCUCUCCUCUCUCAUCUCCUCAAACUCUCUAUCGUAUGUUUAUUCUCUCUCCUCUCUCUUCCAAGAAGGCAAAAAGGAUCCCUUAAAGAGCCGUCUAUACCAAAGCCAUUUCUUCAGAUGGAUGACGAUGGGUUUCGCAACUGGGGUUACUAUGAACCGGCGAAUUUUAAAUUCAGUCUUGGCCUGCAAUUCAUGCCCACCGUUGAUCGGAACACCAAGCCGCAAUUGCCGGGUCGCGACCCGAAUCUGAUGACUGGCCCGGACGGACCCUUUCACACGCGAGACUACGUUGUGUCCGAAACCCCAAUCCCUAUGAACUACGCCUGGAUUAACCAGCACAAGGACAAGUUCUUUAACAUGUUGCCGCCGAAUCACGGCAAUAUGCUUCCAGAAACUUCUGGAUCCCCGUCCAUGCAGUUUCUGCACCCUCCCUUGGAUGUUGGGAAUCGGGUCGAGGAAAACCCGAUUCCCGACGACGAGGAAAUCGCUCAGGCGAAGAAGAGAAAACCGGGUGGGGAUUCAAAAGGCACCAAAAAGAGGAAGAAGCCAUGGAAACAAAAGGACGGCAAUGGAAACGAGAGCAAUGAGAGAGUGAAACGAGUGAGACAGGCUAAGAAGAGUGCAGUAGAUGUGGUGAUCAAUGGAGUGAGUAUGGACAUUUCCGGUCUGCCUGUUCCAGUGUGCACUUGUUCAGGAUCUCCUCAGCAGUGUUACAGGUGGGGAUGUGGCGGCUGGCAGUCGGCCUGUUGCACUACGAACAUAUCGGUGUACCCUCUCCCGAUGAGUAUGAAGCGGCGUGGGGCCCGGAUUUCGGGCCGGAAGAUGAGCCAAGGCGCCUUCAAGAAAGUUCUGGAGAAACUUGUAGCCCAAGGUUUCGACUUUUGGAACCCCAUCGAUCUGAGGAGCCGUUGGGCGAGACAUGGUACCAACAAGUUCGUCACCAUCAGAUAGAGUAUUGUUUUUUUUUCCUCGUCUCAUGGAUCUUGAGCUUUCAUGGCUUAGAGUCAUGCAUGUUUGGUACUUGUGUCUGUCAGUGUCACUGUUGUUUGUAAGAGAGAGAAUUCUGUAGGGAAUUUAAUAAAAGAGGUCCACUGAUAUGUAACGUAU